CACACACACACUCACUCUUUCUGUGACUCUCUCUCCCUAUCACACUCUCACACACACUUACACACUUACACAUUCACUCUCUCUCCUCAUUCAACUCAUUCUCAGCCACGGAUCAGCAGCACAGACAAGCACCUUAUUCCAGUCCAGCUGGAGAGAGGAGCAUCGCAAGGUGCACACAUCGCAAGACAGGACACUGACUGACUCUGCAGCCGUAAAAGAAGGACGCAAGCCAAGGAACAGAACAAGCUUUCAGAGAACAAGGAAACAACAAAAAAGAACAGAUUGCUUUUGGCAAUGGAUUUACAAAGUGAAUUGUUUUCCGGUGAAUAAAAGCUGAAAUACAAAGAAGAGUAGAUCAUCAUCAGACACACAAAUUAAGAAACAAACUCAUCUGGGAAAGAGGACUGGUUGGAAGCCCAGGUUCCUCUCUGCUCUGCUGUUUGGAAGCCCAGGUUCCUCUCUGCUCUGCUGUUUGGAAGCCCAGGUUCCUCUCUGCUCUGCUGUUUGGAAGCCCAGGCUCCUCUCUGCUCUGCUAUUUGGAAGCCCAGGCUCCUCUCUGCUCUGAUCCUCAGUGACAGGGUCUGCUGCUCCCUCGAUCAUCACCCCUUCCCAGCCUCAGAGAGCGACCACUCACCUGGACCACACAGCCCGGGUCUCCAGCCAGCCAGCAUGCAUACUGCCUGUGCAAUGUGCACCUUGGGAGUCUGACUCACCAUGUGCAGAUGGAUGCCACCCGUCGCUAGUCUCCGUCCUGACCUCGCUGCCAUUGGCACUGCCCACGCUGGGCUUCCGCCCUUGCCCAGUGCUGCAUCCCUUCGCUUGGCGUUCCUCACCCUGCUCCUGGUGGCUGGCACAGCUCUGGGGGGCUGCCCGCUCGGGGUAGGGCAUGAACCCCUCCAAGUACUGGCGAGAGGCAUCAACUGCUCAUGGACACUGGAGCGGCACACACGCAGUUACAAUCACCUAGAGGGUGACGUCCGACUACGGCGGCUCUACUCCGCCAACAAGUUCUUUCUCUGUAUCGACAAAACAGGCAAGGUGGACGGCACCAGACGGAAAAACUACGCUGAAAGUCUAAUGGAAAUCCGAUCUGUCAGUGUGGGAGUCGUCGCCAUCAAAUCUGUCAGCACCGGGCUGUACUUAGCAAUGUCCAAAAAAGGCACACUCUUUGGAUCGAUGAAGUACAACCCUAAUUGUAAGUUCAAGGAGCGCAUCGAGGAGAAUGGCUACAACACGUACGCCUCCCUGCGCUGGAAACACGGCGGCAGGCAGAUGUUUGUGUCUCUGAACGGUAGGGGGAAGCCCCGGCGAGGCCACAAAGCUCGGAGGAGACACCCCUCCACCCACUUCCUCCCCAUGCUGCCCUCAUAGCUGGACAACAAGGCUCUGCUCUGCUUUGCAACCAGCCCACCACAGUCCCAGUCCAUCCUACUAGUAUUGUUGUUAUCAAGAUAACUAUUGAUGAUGUUAUUAUUAUUCUAUACAUCCCCUCUCCCAUAUAUGUACAUUUGUUGGGGUUUUAUACACAAUUUUGUUUGUCGAGAUCGCAGUGGGGGCAUAAUACAGUGCGUUUAAGUUAUUCCUUUUUUAGUGCAAGGUCCAGAAGUAAAGCUGCUAAUAUUGUGUAAAUACAGCAUGUCUAUUAUUAUUAUGAUUGGUUAUCAAGCUGAGGGAUGACAUUGAUGACGCUCUUCUGUGUUCAGGAGUAAUUUUGACACCACCGUCGUCUGCAAAAGUGUGUAAUUGAAACAUGCCCCCCCUUUAAAGGGUACGAGAAUUGUCUAUAUAUUGCCUCCCUCCCAUCCCUUCAUUUGUGACUCUACAGGAGACAAUGCUUUUCCUUGAGUGACCUUACAAUAUGCUAUUAAAGCAAACAACUGGUGAAAGAAGCCUGACAAACAGUGAACAGAUUUGAACAUUGAUUUAGGUUGUCAAAUAUGUUCAUCUGAGCAAGUAACUAAAGCAUUUGAGAGAGGACUCUCUUAAGAUACUGAAUGUCCUUUACAAUAAAAGGGCUCUUGCACUUGACUGGACUUCAGAGGGGACAGAAUUCCUUGUUGACGAAAACAUUUGGACUGAACGUUCAUACCCAUGGAUGUCUGCUAUAAGAAAAAAACAUAAACUGACGACAUCUGGCUAUCGGUUCUUUUGGGUUUCUGAAAUGAGUGUGUGAGCUCUGCAGAAGUCCCACUGGGCAAAAACUAGUUGAAACAACAUUGUUACCACAUCAUUUCAACAAAAUAAUUCAGUGUGAUGACGUUGAAUCAACGUGAAAACUGAUUGGAUUUGCAAAAAGUCAUCAACAUGAGGGAAUUUUGCCAUUUUCCACCUAAAUGUUUACCGAAAUUCAAUGACAUGGUGACUCAACCAAAUAUAAAUCCAAACUAGAUGCUGAAAUGACAUCUGUGCCCAGUGGGGUGUGCUUCAGCCUCCUUCUCUCAUUCAAUAAUCCUACACCACUAGCUCAGGGGUCAAUCUUUGAAAGUGAGACUCAUGACAUUAUCUCUGAUAGGUCAGUUCCAGAGUCCAGUAGUUAAAUGCAUACGGUACUCCGUUUGAAACACGUUGAGCAUUUGAGGCUGUAUGUACACUUCUUCACAGUGCUAAGACUACCCAUUCAUUUCUAACGUAUGGUAACUGGUUAUUGCAUCGUCUUGUCAGGUCUUGUUACCAUUUUCAAAAACCUGUUGCAAAUAGAACUUUUAAUAUAUUUAAGCCUUUUUGUACCGUAUAACAUUUGAAGUUGAUGUUAUUGCCUCCAUUUUGUGUCUAGUCUGAAAAUCCUAACUGUAUUCCAUUCCAUAUUUGAGUCUAUACUACGUGUUACUGUAAUAUGGCACCUCCUAACAUCACUAUCAUCAUCUACUGAGCGGUCAGCAAUGACAGUUUCUACCAGAACACCGUUUCAACUAUCAGUCAGCUAUUAAGCAGACAAUACUGGUCUGUCAAUUGAACACUGUCAUCAUAACAACAUAAGCGAGUGCCUUGAUUCAUGUUCAGCCUGGUGAACUUCAAUAAAAUGCACAUAAGUUA